AUGCAUCCCUCUGGUUACCCUUACUCCUUGUUCUUAUAUCAUGAAUCCUUGGAUGCUGCAACCGACCCCCUGGUCUUGGUAAUGGUGAGGGCUUGGUACGGGAUAUCCAGUACAGGCGGUCAAGCUGGAUAUGCUAUUGAGAAACUGAUGAGUUUAUUCAAGGACGAAUAUCCUGAAGCGGAGAAACCUCUCAAAGACAACAGAUAUGUUGAUGAUUUACUGUCUGGAGCAGAUACUAAGGAGGAUAGAGAAAGAGAGAUUGAGACGGUGCAAAAGGUUCUAGGAAAAGGUGGAUUUGCUCUCAAAUUCGUAGUCAGGAGUGGAGAUAAACCAUCAGAGAAAGCUAGCUUGGAUGGAGAAAGCAUGAAAAUGCUGGGAUACAAAUGGGAUACUGAGAAAGAUAUUCUAUCUCCUGGAAUAGGUGAACUUAACAUGAACAAGAAGAAACGAGGUGAGAAGAAAGCUAAUGAGUUUCCUACAGUAUCGGAAGAAGAUGCAGAUCUGCUGCUGAAGGACGUGAAACUUACUCGGAGAAUGAUCCUCGCAAAGAUCUCUGAAAUGUUUGAUCCGUGUGGGUUCUGGGAGCCAAUCAAGGUUCAAAUGAAGCUGGAGUUGAUGAAAAUUCAGGACUUAGACUGGGAUGUUGAAAUUCCUGAAGAUCAACAAGUAGAAUGGAAGGAGAUUCUAAGAGAGUAUGUGCAUUUACAUGAGAUAAUGAUACCAAGGUUUUGUAUUCCUAGCUUACGAGUUGCUGACCCUGAGAUAAGGCUGAUAUGUCUGUCUGAUGCUGCUGAACUAUGUGGGGGGGCUGCUAUCUAUGCUGGUCGGAGAUAUUUUGAUGGAUCUUGGAGUUGCUCAUUAUUAGCUUCGAAAUCUAAAAUGAUGGAUGCCACGAUUCCAAGGAAUGAAUUAUCUGCAAUACUAUUGUGUACGGAGCUAGCUUUCCUUGUUAAAAAAGCCCUCGGAGAGUUGGAGAAAUUAUUUAUGUCACAGAUUCAACCAUAG